UGUGCCCUGACACGUCUCAGUCCUGCCAGUCCUGCCACUUGCCAGUCCUGCGAGUCCUGCCAGCUUUGCGUUGUACAGGCAGUCAGACAGUCAGUAGUCAUAGUCACAGAUGAUUUGCAUGUCGUAGUUGGCAAAAUGUGCAAUGAUGUGCAGUGCGCAUUGACACUGUCCGACAUGUCAGGCACGUCAACAAGACAACAUCUCCGAGGCUGAGCAGCUCCUCGCAGUUCCAAUGACUAUGACGUCUAUGUUGCAAUCAUUCCUCAUUCUCACUCGCCUUUAGUUUAGCCUAGUUUAGGGUUGUACCGGUGGAAUGACAUUGAGUCCACCUUCAUUGCUUGUAGAAGAAAAUUAUCUUUGCCGCUCUCUUCCAUCAACACUCAAAGCUUUCGGCGAAGAGGAGUUUUUGGUGGACUGCUAAAAGGAAAUUUAUUCGAAGGCAUUUUUUCAGAAUGAAGAGCAUAAAAAUCUCGAGCAGUUACUCCAGGAAUGUGACGGACUAGAUCCUCGACCCAUCGCUGAUUGCCAUCAUAAGUUGCCUUCAGCCAUGCUCUAGCGGUUAGAGGGUAUUGUGGUUUGGUGUGAGGCAGUGGGCUGAAGUGAGAGAGUGGCGAUAGCUGGCAGUUUGGUGUUGUAGCUGACAUCAUGGCCGCUCCGCGCCAAGCAAGAACACUGAGCUUGACCAGGCUGGCAGAAGAGGUGAUGAAAUUGGCCAAGAAUGAUCCGAACAGGAAGAAACCCUUCUCCACAGCGCUAACAUCAGCUGCAAGAGACGCGAUCACAGACCAGGUCUCCACAGCAGCAUGCCACUUUUCACUAACAGGAAUGCAGCUACUACGUGAAGUCAAGUCAUUAGGAUCGCGGGAUCUGAUGAAGGAAGCCAACAAGAUUGUUGGAUCCAUAGACAGCUGCUUCUCUACACUGUUCCAAUCUUGCUCAAUGAUAAUACAAAAGCCUUCAGAUCUCUCUCACCGUACAGCAGCUGUCGGUGCCAUGUUUGAGGUGAUGGUCUGGAUCAAAGAGCUAGCAAAUCUAGCGCUGCUGAUGGACAAGAUCAAGAUUGAAAAGCAGCUGAGAAAGGUUCAAAAACAAUUAACAAAGCUUGGAGAAAAUCCUCAGCCUCAGCAGCUAGCACAGUUUCACAAGCAGCAUCAGCGAGCAAUGGAACUCUACAGUCAAUUCACCACGGCAACAGACACACUGACAAGUAGGCACGGCACAGAUCAGACGGCGGCAUCCAGUGUGAUCAGUAUAGUACUGAAAUGGUCACAACAACUAGUGCAGAUUCUCAUCACAGCCAGCAGUGGUAUGCUACUUGAGUGGAACAUUGCAAGUAGUAACAGUUCAGUGACUGCGUAUACUGGUGGUGGGAAGAGCAGUGUACUCGAGCCUAUCAUGAAUCAGCUAUCAGCAACACUGGACAGAUUGGCUGCACUGCUUGGGCAGGAGGAUGACACACACGAUUCACCAAAGAAAUCCCCAAAGAAGCCAGUCGCCCCGGCUGGAGUGCUGAGCAAUGCUUUAGCUGCAUUCGAACUUCUUGCAGCUAAAGAACCACCAAACGUUAACCGUGCAAAACUUGAAGCUCACAUCGCUUCACUUAGAAGACAAUGCAACACCAUCCUGCAGCACUCCGGUGCUUGUAUUGAUAUUCGUAACCAUGACAACAUACAUCAGCAUGGCAACCAUGAUGGCAACGAGCUGAUGACAGCACGUCAGACUAAAGCGGAGAUCGCCGUGGAAACGGUCACCCUGGCAAACAACACCCUGCUAUCGGCUGUAUCAGACCUGCCAUCAAACAAUACUCCUCGUGACCUGGCCACGCUGAAAUACUUUGACGACAGCCUCAACCGACUAUUGCCUGCUGUUGCGUCGCUAAGAAGACGUCUUAUGCGUGUAUGCGCUGAACACUACGUGUCAGUUCUGGCUCAUUUCGACCCAGCCGUAUUCGACAUGCUGCCGUCAGACUCGUCACAAGAUCAUGGCAGAACAAGAACCAUGUCUGACUCCAUCUCACCUCCAGGAGAGGUGUCACGUGAUCAGUUAGUAGUGUCACCAAUUGACUCCGUGUCCAGCGUGUCUUUGAAUAUGCCCUCACCGUCACCAACCUGGGAUUCCAAGACUCCUUCACCAGCCUCGCCAUUGUGUGUGCCACGGCAUGCAGGAGUGGAUGACGUGUACCGAGAAAUCGACUGCACUUUGGAAAGUGAUUUUCUGAAGUACAAAAGCAGAAUGCUAGACCAGCACCAGCACAUCCGUCAAAUGUGCAGGUCUAUGUCACUGCUAGCGAGGUCUCAAUCUCAAUGCGACAUUGCUCACCUGCUGCAAGGGAAGCUACAGUGCUUGACUGAUGUGUUUCUGGCAUGCUGUGACUGUAGGCGCUCUUGUACGAAAAGAACGGAGCAGAUCGGACUGGAUUCCCUGCUUCAAAUGUGCAUCGAUGCCUUAUGGUCGGUGUAUGAAGAGGCAUGUACACUGGUGUGUACAGAUGUACCUCUACUGGAUGUUAUUACCAUAAUUGAUUUACGUCUGUCAGAUAGCCUGGAAGCAAGUCGAACAUUCUCGCUGCUCGGAAGUACAGAUGCACUCAACAAGGUGUUAUCCAAUUCCUGCAAUCUGGCCAGCUUCCUCCUGCUUUUGCUGAAACAAAGAAUAGCUGAACUGAAGAGUGCGAAAAAUCAGAGACGCACACCAGGAUCACGUCAGUCUGCAGCAAGAGUACCACAGGAUGACCAGCUAGAAGAUAUAGUCAAGUGUCUUGAGAUGAAAGUGUUGCCUGACAUGCUGCAUGUCACUGCCACGGCGUCACGCACAUCCAGACUCAGAGAUGACAUCAGCAGAGUGGCAAGAGAGGUCACCGCUUUUCUCAAUGACCUGCACCUCUCCUCUCGUCAGCUGAAGUUGAGAAGCGGAUGGAAUCAAGUUGAAGCUGAUAACAGUGAUGAGGAGAGAGAGCUGUCUAAAGAUGAUGACAUGCCAACAGCCGGCCUUCUACACACCAUCCCUGAGACAUCACAGGACGACCCCCAAGGAGCACUGCAUAGCCGGUUACUUAACUUGUCAACUAUUGCAGAGGAGAGCGAGGGUAGUGAAGAAGACAACGACUUUGGGCUGAAGCGCUCUCAGAGCUUGUCCAGGAGAUCGUCAUUGAGAGCAAGUUGUCGCCUGCUCAGCCUCUCAUCGACGUCAUCGCUAUCCGAAGAGAAUGAAAUAGUCACCACCCUGUUCCAGGACUGGAGGUGGGCACGAUCACACAUUCAGGCUGUUGCCAGCGAGCUCUUUCAAGCCAUUGACCAUGCCCUGGCAAUAUUCAGUAAAGCACGGAGACGAGGAAGUGGAUCAGACCUGUCCAAGCUCAUUAAGCUCUGUCAGAUUCAGUGGGAAGACAUCAAUGAGCAAUGCCUUGUCAGGCUAAAGGAGGUUCUUGGCGACAGUCUACCGCAGAAACUAGUCGCCCUCUAUGCCAAUACAUCCCUGCUGUGCCACCAGCUGUCGUCCUUUGCGGACAAAGACGCUGAAUCCGCUGGUACGAGGGGUGAGAGUAGCGGGCUGGCGGAGAAUGAAACAAAGCUUCUCCAGCAGAACCUGACUGAUCUCAAGCAUUCCGCCGUGGAUACCCUCACAGCCACUCGCCGACACACCAACAUCAGAAAGAGCAGAUCCAAGCAACGUCCCGAGGUUGAAAAAGAGAAGCCACUGAGCGCAGACAGCGGCAAGCCAGGCUUGGUACUUCAAACUCAACAAGAAGAGUAUUUUAUUUGACAAUUGUUAACACUUGAGUGUUCUGAGAGAAAGGAUUGGAUUACAACCGGGAUACAUGUAUGUGCUAUUAUCUUCCCUCUUCUGAUUGUCCAUGGUAUAUUGCCAAGUUUUUUUGGCUUUGCACGUUGAAGAAUCUUUGAAGGGAGAACGAGGGACGGACUCUGAUCUCUUCUCAGCGCUGAGACACUUGAUACUUGAGGUUUCCUACACUCAUCCUCUCGGUUUAUUGAAUAAUGCUUAUAAUUAUCAUUACAAACUACCGCUGAAUUAUCAUAAAGAACAAUUAUCCUAUCCUUUAAGAGGAGAUACACGAAUGCGCAGAUUGAAUGUCUGAACAGUAUGCUAAGCGUCGUGUUUGUUAUAGUAUCACGUUCAAUAUCAAAUCUCUCUCUCUUUUAAAUGUUCGUUGUCACGAGAAUACGUUCUGGUUACUCUACUUGCUUGUGAUUUGUAUUUGGUGAUGACGCCAUGUGACAUCUAAUCUUAUUCAUAGCCUUGAUCAAAUUCCUGCAGGCUCCACGUCCAUUAUUUAUUCUAUCCUAGUUCAAGAAGAAAUGGGUAAAUACCAACUAAA